AUGAAAUCUUAGAAUUCUAAAAAACCUAAUCUGAAGCUUACACUCAAUAAGAAAUCGAUGGGAUAAUUAAUUCAAUGUGACAAACCUCCAAGUUCAAAAUGUUCUUAGAAAACAACAUCCUCAAAUGGAAAGGUAAGAAAUAUAAUAUAUAUGAAUAAUUUAGACAUCUAAUUCAUCCAAAUAAUUGUGUUUCAAAUUUCAGGACAACUAAUCAACAGCUAAUCCAUCUUUAAUUUCUGAGGGGGACAAGAAAUGUAAGUUAUUAUAAUUAAUCAUAAGUACUUGAACCAGAUCAAUCAUAACUAAUAUAAUUGCUGAUUCAAGAAAAUUUGUAAUUGUAAAAGUAAAAUUCAGACAAGGACUCUAUAAUUUCUAGACUUAUUACAAAUACAAACAAAAAACCAGUCAUUUUAUAAAGAGCAAAUACUUCUAAUACCGAGAGGACUCCUGAAAAACUAUUUACAAUGUAUUAUAAUUCAAUAAGAUGAUCUAGAAAAAAGUUGCAGCAAAACACUUGUGAAAAGAAAUCAAAUUCUCCUCUCGGUUUCACAUUUUGUAAUGUUGAUAAAGAAGAUGAAGGAAAAGUAAUUUAGAGUCAACCAAUGACAAGAUCUCAAAAGAGACUUCCAAAAGAGUUUUAAAUUGUACCAAAUCAAAGAAGGUUUUUCAUAUGA